AUGGAUGUUUUCGACAAACAAUAUCGUAUCUAUCGUAUAAUAUUGAAAAUUGUAGGACUGUGGCCAUAUGAUAAAUCAAUCUACGUAUGGAUUCAAAGAACAUGUUUCUUACUGUAUUUUCUUAUCGGUAUAAUAUUUCAGAUUAUCGUGCUUCUAAACUCUGAAAUUACAUUACGAAAUUAUGUUGUCACGUUGUCUGCGACUUUCCCUUUACUGCUAUUUUUUUUACGAUAUAUUUAUUAUAUUACAAUUUUUCCAUACCUACAACAUUUAUUCGAUUACAUACGUACAGAAGAACAUCUGUUACAAGACACGAUCGAAAUACAAAUACAAACGAAAUAUCUGGAUAUUUCUAGUCAUAUCAUCUAUAUCUUUUGUUGCGUGACUUUCGCUUUUAUUGCAGCGACUAUCAUAUUUCUAGUGAAUCCUGUAAUACUGGAUCUAAUAAUACCUUUAAACGAAUCUCGCACUCAUUUUAAUGUUUUAUUCAUUUUUGGCGAUCAAAAUGCAUAUAUUAAAAUCUUUCUAAUCUUAAAUUUCAUGUUAAAUCUAUUAUUCGGAUUAUUAUCUAUAACGGGUACAGAAUCGUUUUCUAAUAUUUUGAGUUACUAUAUAUGCAGACGAUUUAAUAUCGCUAGUUAUCGAAUGCGAAAGAUAAUUGAGGAUCUCAGUAUUCCCAAUCUGCCUAAGAUAGAUUUGAAACUUACAGACAUACAUCGAGUAGUGGACAUUCAUUGCCAUGCUAUCGAGCAUAUCAAUAUAGUCUCAAAUAAUGCAGCGACACAGUAUCUGGUGGCAAUUAUUGUAUGCAUAUUCUCAUUCUCUAUAAAUCUUUAUCGCCUAUAUAACGCAAUAAUAACUAUGGACAGUAGAAUAGAAAUCUUCGGUUCUAUUCUUAUAGUUAUGUAUCAUUUAAUGAUCGCAUUUUAUAAUAAUCAUUGCGGACAAUUAAUUAUUGACAGUAAUCUUAGCAUAUUUAACGAAUUAUAUGCUUCUACAUGGUAUCGCAUUCCUUUAAAAGCGCAAAAACUAUUAUUGUUCAUAAUAUUGAGAAGCUCAAUGGAUUGUGAAUUAUGUCUUUCUGGUUUAUUCACUCCGUCUUAUGCAGGCUUUAUGUCGAUGAUGAGUUCGUCCUUCUCCUAUUGUGCCGUUAUAUACUCAAUUCAAUAA